CGCGUCGUUCAGUCAGUCGAUUCGGUAAAAAUCUUCUACAUCAACAUGUCUGGACGUGGUAAAGGUGGAAAGGGCUUAGGCAAAGGAGGCGCCAAGCGUCACCGCAAAGUAUUGCGUGAUAACAUCCAGGGUAUCACUAAGCCUGCCAUCCGUCGUCUUGCUCGCAGAGGUGGUGUCAAACGUAUCUCUGGUCUGAUCUAUGAAGAAACCAGAGGUGUCCUAAAGGUUUUCCUUGAAAAUGUCAUCAGGGAUGCCGUCACCUACACUGAGCAUGCCAAGAGGAAGACUGUCACUGCUAUGGAUGUGGUCUACGCAUUGAAACGCCAAGGACGUACCCUGUACGGCUUUGGUGGUAAAAUGUCCGGACGCGGUAAAGGAGGCAAAGUUAAAGGCAAGUCCAAGUCUCGUUCAUCCCGGGCUGGACUUCAGUUUCCAGUCGGUCGUAUCCAUCGUCUGUUGAGAAAGGGGAACUAUGCUGAGCGUGUUGGUGCCGGCGCCCCUGUUUACCUCGCUGCAGUGCUCGAGUAUUUGGCUGCCGAAGUUCUCGAGUUGGCUGGCAACGCUGCCAGAGACAACAAGAAGACAAGAAUCAUUCCCCGUCACCUCCAGCUGGCCAUCAGAAACGACGAGGAGUUGAACAAACUUCUGUCUGGCGUCACCAUCGCUCAGGGUGGUGUCUUGCCCAACAUCCAAGCCGUACUUCUGCCCAAGAAGUCUCAAAAGACACCAGGAGACAUUCUUGAUCUCAAUCAAGUCGCUCGAAACUUCGCAAUGGCUAGAACCAAGCAAACCGCUCGUAAAUCCACUGGUGGUAAGGCACCACGUAAACAGCUGGCCACAAAGGCUGCAAGGAAAUCAGCACCAGCUACCGGAGGUGUUAAGAAGCCCCAUCGUUACAGGCCCGGCACUGUCGCCCUGAGAGAAAUCCGUCGUUACCAGAAGAGCACUGAGCUUCUGAUCCGCAAACUGCCAUUCCAACGUUUGGUCCGUGAGAUCGCUCAAGAUUUCAAGACUGACCUGCGCUUCCAGAGCUCUGCAGUUAUGGCUCUCCAAGAGGCUAGCGAGGCUUACCUUGUCGGUCUCUUUGAAGAUACCAACUUGUUCGAUUCGGUAAAAAUCUUCUACAUCAACAUGUCUGGACGUGGUAAAGGUGGAAAGGGCUUAGGCAAAGGAGGCGCCAAGCGUCACCGCAAAGUAUUGCGUGAUAACAUCCAGGGUAUCACUAAGCCUGCCAUCCGUCGUCUUGCUCGCAGAGGUGGUGUCAAACGUAUCUCUGGUCUGAUCUAUGAAGAAACCAGAGGUGUCCUAAAGGUUUUCCUUGAAAAUGUCAUCAGGGAUGCCGUCACCUACACUGAGCAUGCCAAGAGGAAGACUGUCACUGCUAUGGAUGUGGUCUACGCAUUGAAACGCCAAGGACGUACCCUGUACGGCUUUGGUGGUUAAACCAUCUCGAACGCUGCAUCUCACACCUCUCAAGAAAACACCGGCCCUUAUCAGGGCCAUCCCAAA